AUGCCAUCAAAGCAAACCCGCACUAGGAAGACGGGGGCGACAACCCAGCGAAGACGGACAAUGAAAAAGAUAAUGGUCACCGGUGCACCGCUAGCCGGGUUAGUCACCAACUUGUUGCUUUCGGUCGUGUGUCUCUCCGGUGACUUAUCGGGUGUGGGCAUGGUCAGCGCCAGCGCCAUACCGACGGCAUCCUUUCCGUCCAACGGCAACGGAGUUGCCAACAGUGCCACGCUGGCCGACGUUGGUCACCGACGCGCGUCCUGCGUUGCGGUCCAUCCGAUCCUGAAACAGCGCGGCGUCGACCCAAUCGACAUGCCAAUCGACCCAAUACCAGAUCUGUCGCUCCGACACUGUGAAGUGCCGCCCGGUGGUGGAACCUGCUGUACGCAGAUGACCGAGCAUAAGCUCGCACUGCACGCUAAAACGAUGCUCGAGCGCAACACCAAAGACAACAUCUCCAAGCUCUCCUCCGUACUCGGGGCCCGGGCACAACGCUUCAAUGAAUUCUUUGAAGAGCUACUCGGCCAAUCAAAGCAUGAAUUCCACGCAAUGUUCAAGCGCACAUACGGCACGAUCUAUGAACAAAACUCGGGCGUCUUUGCCGAUCUGUUUGCUGAGCUUGAGCGUUACUACGCACACGGCAAAGUCGACCUGUCCGAAACGAUGGAUCACUUCUUCAACAUACUGUUCCAGAAGAUGUUCACCGUGCUGAAUGCACAGUACACGUUCGAUAACAAAUAUCUAGGCUGCGUCAGUGAGCACAUGAAGGAGCUGAAGCCGUUCGGGGACGUGCCAGACAAGCUGUCGGUGCAGAUCAAGCGAUCGUUCGUAGCAACCCGUACGUACGCACAGGCCCUUGCAUCAGCAGCCGAUGCCGCCCGAAACAUGAUCAAUGUGCGACUUUCAGCCGAAUGUACGGCGGCACUGACACGGAUGAGCACAUGUAAUGUAUGUGCUGGACAGACGAAAAAACCGUGCGAAUCGUACUGCGUUAACGUGAUGAAGGGAUGCUUUCCGAGCUAUGAAGAGGUCAGCACCGAGUGGGACACGUUCGUCGCUAAAAUGGAGCGCAUUUCGGAACGUUUGCUUGGUCCGUUCAACAUAUUCAUGGUGGUGCAACCGAUUGAUAUCAAGAUCUCGGAAGCGAUCAUGAAUUUCCAGGAAAAUGGUAAAGUUAUAUCGGAUCGCAUCUUCCAAGGCUGUGGACAACCCGCACUGGGUCGUAUGCGACGAUCGUUGGACGAUAAAGAAAACACGCUGCUAGAGGCACCAAUAAAUGGCAUCGAAAGUCUGCCACGUUUGAUUACCACCUUCGGCCAACAACAACUCCCACUAGUCGAAGGCAUCGCUCGACACCCAAUCGUACUGAAUGAUCCAGAACCUUCCGAGUAUGAUUCACAGUUCACGUUUGACGAUGAAGGCGACCAACAGGACGAAGAUAAUAGCAAUGGCGCGGAAAAACAUAUCGCCAAACGAUCCACUGCCACUAAUGCAGGUGGCGGUGAUUCGACCAGUCGCGAACUCAAGUACGAACCACUGCAAUUCUCUGACGGUGAUGUACAGUUCACAAACAGCAACGGUCCGCCAGUGGGUGGAAUGCCCGGAUCGACAUCCCAUCAUUCCUCUCCCAAUGGAAACGGAAGUGGAAACAGUGCUGGAGGGCGGCCAAACCGUCGCAAACAUAAAGGCGGUCGGAAACAGCCGAACGAGCAGGACGAGCACGAUAACAUGGAACCGAUGAUUGACCGUAUGGUGAAGGAUAUCCGCCAGAAAGUGAGCAACUCGAAACGAUUUUGGUCCCAGUUGCCAUACAUGCUAUGCAACAAUGAGGAUAACGUAGAGCAACCGUCGAGCGAUUCAAACUGCUGGAACGGAACGGCAGUUGAUCGCUAUCUACCAAAAGUCGUUACUGGUGAAACCGAGAACAAUCCCGAGUUCCCGAACAGGGUAUUUCAGUCACGGCAGAGUACGAUUGUACAGCAGCAGCUGUUCAUUCUACGCACUGCAAUCAGUCAUCUCAGUAAUGCGUACAUCGGUCACGACGUAGAGUGGAACGAUCAAGAGGAUGGCUACUAUGGCAGUGGGUCCGGACAAGGCAGCGGUAUCGAUUAUGAAGAAACGGCCGGUUCCGGUAUGGGUCUUUGGGAGAUCGAUGUACGAAACGAGCGACGACCCGGGUCGGUUGACGCUAUGCCACCAUCCAGCGGGAAGGGUGCUAACAUCGACGGUACGAGUGAUUCCGACCUACAGUUCCCGAUUAUCAGACACGAUCCCGUGCCGACCAACAACUUCGACCACACGGGAUCGCGUUCUGGGUUGCCCAACCCAACCGGUAGUGGUGGCCCGACAGCUGGCAGCGGUGCUGGUGGAGGUACAAGCAGCGUCGCCGGUAGCUCCCACAGUGCACCGGAAAUGUCGAUCGAGCGUGCUAUGCUCCAGUUCUUCCUGCCGAUUGCGAUGGCGUGGUUCGGAGGGCUAGUAGCCGAUUUGCUGUGA